UACUGAAAGAGGAGAUAGAGGUUAAGUCACAAUCGCGUUCAGACAGGUUUGACCCUCUCUAGUCCUCGUAGAAAGCCGGCCAAGGUAUCCGCUUCCCCGGCGUUCCCCACUAGCACCACGGAAAAGAAACUGCAUCAAGCUCCGCCCCACCAUCUGCAGAGUGAGCCAAUCAGGGCACAGCCCGGGCUGAUCGCGUGCCGGGUGUCAUGGCGGCCUGCAGGCAUUGCUGCUCGUGCCUCCGGCUCCGGCCGCUGGGUGAUGCUCCCCUCCGUCUGCCAGGGCGGGAUCCGGCACUCACCAAAUUGCAGGUGCGAGCACUAUGGGGCAGUGCGGGGUCCCGAGCCGUGGCCGUGGACUUAGGCAGCAGAAAAUUAGAAAUAUCCUCUGGAAAACUGGCCAGAUUUGCAGAUGGCUCUGCUGUAGUACAGUCAGGUGACACGGCAGUGAUGGUCACAGCGGUCAGUAAAACAAAACCUUCACCUUCCCAGUUCUUGCCUUUGGUGGUGGACUAUAGACAGAAGGCUGCUGCAGCAGGUAGAAUUCCCACAAACUAUCUUAGAAGAGAGAUUGGUUCUUCUGAUAAAGAAAUUCUUACAAGUCGAGUAAUAGAUCGUUCAAUUAGACCGCUCUUUCCAGCUGGCUACUUUUAUGACACACAAGUCCUUUGUAAUCUGUUAGCAGUAGAUGGUGUUAAUGAACCUGAUGUCCUAGCAAUUAAUGGUGCUUCCGUAGCCCUCUCAUUAUCAGAUAUUCCUUGGAGUGGACCUGUUGGGGCAGUACGAAUAGGAAUGAUUGAUGGAGAAUGUGUUGUUAACCCAACACGAAAAGAAAUGUCUUCCAGUACUUUAAAUUUAGUGGUUGCUGGAGCACCUAAAAGUCAGAUUGUCAUGUUGGAAGCCUCUGCAGAGAACAUUUUACAGCAGGACUUUUGCCACGCUAUCAAAGUGGGAGUAAAAUAUACACAACAAAUAAUUCAGGGCAUCCAGCAAUUGGUAAAAGAAAUUGGUGUUACCAAGAGGACACCCCAGAAGUUAUUUAUCCCUUCACCAGAGAUUGUGAAACACACUCAUAAACUCGCUAUGGAAAGACUCUAUGCAGUUUUUACAGAUUAUGAACAUGAUAAAAUUUCUAGAGAUGAAACUGUUAACAAGAUAAGAUUAGAUACAGAGGAACAACUAAAAGAAAAAUUUCCAGAGGUUGAUCCAUAUGAAAUAAUAGAAUCCUUCAAUGUUGUUGCAAAGGAGGUUUUUAGAAGUAUUAUUUUGAAUGAAUACAAAAGGUGUGAUGGUCGAGAUUUGACUUCACUUAGGGACAUAAAUUGUGAGGUAGAUAUGUUUAAAAUUCUUCAUGGAUCAGCAUUAUUUCAAAGGGGACAAACACAGGUGCUUUGUACUGUUACAUUUGAUUCCUUAGAAUCCAGUAUUAAGUCAGACCGAAUUAUAACAGCUAUAAAUGGAAUAAAAGAUAAAAACUUUAUGCUGCACUAUGAGUUUCCUCCUUAUGCAACAAAUGAAAUUGGCAAAGUCACUGGUGUAAACAGAAGGGAACUUGGGCAUGGUGCUCUUGCUGAAAAAGCUUUGUAUCCUGUUAUUCCCAAAGAUUUUCCUUUCACCAUAAGAGUCACAUCUGAAGUCCUAGAGUCAAAUGGAUCAUCUUCUAUGGCAUCUGCAUGUGGUGGAAGUUUAGCAUUAAUGGAUGCAGGAGUUCCAAUUUCAUCUGCUGUCGCAGGUGUGGCAAUAGGAUUGGUCACCAAAAACAAUCCCGACAAGGGUGAAAUAGAAGAUUAUCGUUUGCUGACAGAUAUUCUGGGAAUUGAAGAUUACAAUGGUGAUAUGGAUUUCAAAAUAGCUGGCACUAAUAAGGGAAUAACUGCAUUACAGGCUGAUAUUAAAUUACCUGGAAUACCAAUAAAAAUUGUAAUGGAGGCCAUUCAACAAGCCUCAGUGGCAAAGAAGGAGAUAUUACAGAUUAUGAACAGAACUAUUUCAAAACCUCGAGCAUUUAGAAAAGAAAAUGGACCUGUUGUAGAAACCAUUCAGGUUCCAUUAUCAAAACGAGCAAAAUUUGUUGGACCAGGUGGAUAUCAUUUAAAAAAGCUUCAGGCUGAAACAGGUGUAACUGUUAGUCAGGUGGAUGAAGAAACAUUUUCUGUAUUUGCACCAACACCCAGUGCUAUGCAUGAAGCAAGAGACUUCAUUACCGAAAUCUGCAAAGAUGAUCAAGAGCAGCAAUUAGAAUUUGGAGCAGUGUAUACCGCUACAAUAACUGAAAUCAGAGACACUGGAGUAAUGGUUAAACUAUAUCCAAAUAUGACUGCAGUACUACUUCAUAACACACAACUUGAUCAACGAAAGAUUAAGCAUCCCACUGCCCUAGGAUUAGAAGUUGGCCAAGAAAUUCAGGUGAAAUACUUUGGGCGUGAUCCGGCUGAUGGAAGAAUGAGGCUUUCUCGUAAAGUGCUCCAGUCUCCAGCUACAACUGUUGUCAAAACUCUAAAUGACAGAAGCAGUAUUGUAAUGGGAGAAUCUGCUUCACAGUCAUCAUCUAAUUCUUCCCGGUGAUUUUUUUUUUUAAAGAGAAUUCUAAAGUGAUAUUCUGCAGAGCAAAAUUUCAGUAGUAUCUUCUAAUGUAUAGAUUUAUAUAUAGUAUAAAUAUAUUCUAAUGAUUUGUAUUAAAAUGUUCAUUUUACGUGGGCCAUUUUUUAUUUCAAGAGUUACCUAUUAUUCUAUUUACAUUAUAAAUCAAAUAUUUAUUAUCAAAAGUAAACCAUUUAUACAUCUUAGAAAAGAUUAUCCUUUAGUUCCUGUAAUUCUGAAAUAUCUGGAAAACUUAGAAAUAAUAGAUUACACUUGCUACUAUAAUGGAUAUCUUCCUACAUAUCUUAUUUUUCUUCUUUAUAUGCAGUAGUGAGUGUAUUCUUAUUCGUCUUAUGGCUUACCUUUUUGCCCAACAGCUUUACUUGCCUACGACUAUUUCACAAAGUGGAACUUGCCAUAUUCAAAGUCAGUGCCUAUUUCUUUAGUACACUCACUAGAUAUAGUAAGGAGUUGAGGGAGCUAAUUUGAUCUGUUUUUAAUGAUAUACCACCUUUCAAAUUGGUCACAAAACCAUAAACAUAGUAGAGCAAAUAUUAUAAAUGUGAUCCUAACUAGAAUGAGGUAGUAUGGUUUUCAAACUCAAAAAAAUUAUUUACUCAUCAAAUAGAAGUAGGUCAUUUUUUGAGUGCAUAUGUUGCUAAUGUAUGGAUGUUCUUGGUAUAAGGGAUGGAGGAAUCAUGAUUUUCAGUUAAAAAUGUUUGAAACAGUCAUGUAUAGAGGCUAUUAAUACA